ACUCUGACUGAGCGCCAGCCAGAAAGAAGAAGAAGAAUAUGCCGCUCCGGCUGCGGCUGCCAGCGCCAUGCCAGAGCCAGAGGCGCGCGGCGGCUUCGUGGGCCGCGGCCGUAGCCGACCACGCGCGCGCCGGCCGCCACGCCGCCGCGCUCACCGUCUUCCGCCGCGUCCUCGCCGCCCACCCGGCCGCCGCGGUCGACGAGCUCGCCUACUCGGCGCUCCUCCGCUGCCGCGACGCCCGCCUGGCUUACCAGAUACACGCGCAGGCGUGCCGCCGGGGCCUCGCCGCCUCCAACCCCGUCCUCGCCUGCUCCCUGCUCGCCUUCUACUCCGCCGCCCGCUCCGACCUCCCGGCCGCCGCCAGCCUGUUCGACGAAAUGCCGCGCAGGGACGCCGUCGCCUACACCGCCAUGAUGUCGGCUUUCGUCCGCGCCGGGGACUGGGCACAGGCCCUCGCGCUCUACCCUCGCAUGCUUGCCGCCGGCGCCGCCCCGCCCACCGAGCACACCUUCGCCAACCUGCUGGCACUCUGCGCCUCCAGGCAGCUGUGCUGCCACGGGAGGCAGCUCCACGCGCAGCUCCUCCGCUGGGGGGCCGACCUCAACCUGGUGCUCAAGACCGCGCUCCUCCACAUGUACUCCAGCUGUGGCUUCAUGGACCACGCGCACGCCGUGCUCUGCUCCACGCCCGACACGGACGUCGUGCUCUGGACGGCCAUGAUUGCCGGCUACUCGCGGGCAGGAGACCUCCAGGCCGCUCUGCGCAUGUUCCGUCACAUGGAGCAGGCUGGCGUGCUGCCCAGUGCCUUCACCUUCUCCGGGAUCAUCACCGCCUGUGCUUCUUCUUCCUCUGCCCAGCCCCAGGCGUCACAGACUGGACGGCAGCUCCAUGCCCGUGUCUUCAAGUUUGCUCUGGAGCACGACAUCUCUGUCUGCAACGCGCUCGUCGACUUGUACAGCAAGUCGUCCGCCCGUCUGCUCGACCUGCUCCAUGCGUUCAGGGCCACAGACAGCCCGAAUGUGGUGUCCUGGACCGCCUUGAUCGCUGGACUUGCACGCCAUGGCAGAGACAAGGAUGCAUUUGCGGCGUUCGCAGAGAUGCGGGCCAGCGAGGUGCAACCCAACUCAUUCACCGUCUCCACCCUUCUGAAGGGCUGCAGCUCCUCCUCAGAAUCAGACUCUUUCCUACAUGCUACAAAAAUCCAUGCUUACGUGCUCAAGACCAGCCUUGGGUCUUUGGAUGUGUCUGUCGGGAACUCGCUGGUCCAUCUUUAUUCCAGGUUUGCAAGAAUGGAUGACGCGUGGGCAGUUGCGACAACAAUGGCCUGUGCAAGGGACAACCUCACAUACACAAGCCUUGCAAAGGGGCUGAAUCAGAUCGGCCUUCCAAGCAAGGCCCUUGAGAUGGUAGUCCACAUGUUUCGUGAGGAGGUUCGUAUCGAUGGUUUCAGUCUCGCCUGCUUCCUCUCUGCUGCUGCGACCUUGCCAUCCAUAGAGCCUGGGAAGCACUUGCACUGCUGCUCGCUGAAAUUGGGAUUGAGCAGUCAGGUCUCAGUUUCCAACAGCCUUAUCAACAUGUACAGCAAGCAUAAGUGUGUGGAGGAUGCUAAGAGUGUUUUCCACUCAAUCAGGGAGCCAAGUGUCGUGUCGUGGAACGCACUAAUAUCUGGGCUGGCAUACAAUAAUGGGUGCUAUUAUGAAGCGCUGUCGGUUUUCGAAGACAUGACAUUGGCUGGGGCACAGCCUGAUAGCAUCACUUCCUCUGCUGUGCUUUAUGCCUGCACUCAUGGUGGCUUCGUUGACAUUGGCAUCAACCAUUUCAACUCUAUGAGGAAUUCGUUUGGUGUUUCCCCACAAAGGAGCCACUACACACUCUUUCUGGAUAUGUUAGGACGAGUGGGUCGUCUUACGGAGGCGGCAUGCACCAUUGAGGCCAUGCCCAUCCGGCCUGACGUGUCCAUGUACAAGAAUCUGUUAGCAUUUUGCGAGCUCCAUAAUGAUCUGUCUGUCGCAGAAAAUAUCACAAGGAAGGCACUGGAGUUAUACCCAUCGGACACAGUAUUUCAGAAUACCCUUUCAGGCAUCAGUGGUGCUCCAUGGGAACACAGGAUGAAGAGUGAUGCAGAUAUUCAAGCUAAAGCCUAACAGAUGCGCGCUAUGAUCUGUUUCUCUAUGCCAGGUUCUCGGAUGCUUCCUAUAUGGAUUUCCAGUUUUCCACUCAAAAAAAGAGCCACGAGGAUAAUUCCACGAAGAGAGCCAUUUCUUUCGACGUCUGCACAUCGAGCAUGGGAUGAUGAGAAGAACAAUGCAAGAUUCUUUCAGGGGCCUUUUGCUCUUCAAGGAUCUAUAGAAAUUCCACUGCAUUGAAACUUCUAUGAAAUAGAUUAUUGUUCCACCCCAUUCUGAAUCAAGCUCUCUUAAUUAGUGUCUGCUUUAUUGUUCCUCCCCGCAAAAGGAGUCACUGCAGAGUAUGGCAUGUGGUAUCUGCUUUAUUAGUCAAUUAACGAAGCAAACCACCCUCUCAUACAAUGUCAAUGAUUUGCUUGGUCUAAACUCUAAAUUAUGAUGCUUCUGUCUUGCAUUGAAUUGACACUCUUUGCCUGGAUAUAUAUUUUACUCCUGCGUUACAUACAGAAAUAAAUAGCUUGUGUAGUAUACAGAUUGUGGGGUGGCCUCUUAAAGAAAAACCUACACUACGCGAACAGAUAGAUUGUAGAAUGACACAGCAGCUUUUUCAGAAGAAAUACAUAGGCAGAAUUUCUGAGUACUUGUUACAGCAAUAUCUAUCUUGUGGUUAUAUAUAUACGUCCCUGCUCUAACAGCAAUUUUCUUAUAAGGUUGAAUGUCCAUUUCUGCUUCACAGGGCAAGGAUGGGAUAAGCCUCGGGAAACAAAUAAAGAUCAUGUGGAAGAUUCUGAUCCAUCGACAUUUGCCGAAGCCCUUCUCGGAUCCUCCACUCGUGAUAUUGUCGGAACUUACCAAGGUGCCAUAUUGCUGCAGCAACAGUGGGUUCUACUCCUUGACAAACCUCAUCAAUAGCAAAUUUGACAUUUUUUCUCAUAGCUUCCAUAAGCCUUGCGAAGUAUGCAAUAGUAUCCUGCAGUCAGCAAACUACGAGUUGUGAGUAUGGGAACCUUGUUUUAAAUUAAUAGCUUGAUGGUAGGACUCAACCAUGAGUUCUUGGAGCAUAUGAGAGAAUGAGGUGCGGGUAAAACCUUGAUGUCCAGUGGUUUAUAAUAUGAAGUGUGCUUGACGGUGCAAUCAGGGUCAAUCAGCUCCGUGAGCCGUGUGAUGUCCUUGUCAUUGAGGGAAGAGUAGAACUCCUGGAUCACAUUUGUCAUGGGUGAAGAUGGUAAGGUAUUACCUCCGCGGUCAGCAUUGUUGAGUCCCCCCGUUGCAUUUGGCCCUGGUAUCGCUCGUCUGGGCUUUGGUGAAUAUUGUUGCCUCUUCCCCCACUCGACGCUUAUCUGCUGGCGUUGGGACAGUGGGCGUUGUUUUAGGUUGAAAGAGGGAGACUGGAAAGAGACAAGCGCGAGGGCAGAGUUCAUGGCGUUUGGGUGUUUGAAUGCAGAAAGAUGUGAAGGUAUAGAGGAAUGAGGUGUGAUAUAGUGUUGCUGGGCAUUUUUGGUUGCUUGGCUAUUAGAGAAUGAAUCUGAAUGUAGCAGGGAGGCUUCCUGGCAUGGAAUGGGAUGGAAUUCACACGGUGCAUUGCUAAAGCAUAAAGAUUUGCUACGGUAUGAAGUAAGGAAUGUCUUGCUACAUAAUUUACGGAGUCAGGCCAGGCAAGUAUCAUGCCAAUCUGUAAAAGGGUAGUAUAACUUGUUCCUUGGUUUUCUUUAUGCUCUGAUUUACUUUACAUUGAGUUCCUUGGUUGUCUACAGAAAAGAAGAUAAGGAGGGACUUGUCAAGGAAGGAAGAAAGGGGAAAGGGGAAGAGAAAGAGAAGGCUGUAUGUAUAUCUUGGGAAAGGGAAAGGGAAAGGGAAAUUAAGGGGAAGAGGAAGCAGCAGCUGAUUUUGGUUGUCGGCACUUCCAGAAGAAGACUUUAAUACAGCGUCUAUGAUUUGAGUUCUGGAGCAAAAGUAGGAAGCCUCUGGGAAGCAAACCACCAUCAUGUGGAAUAUUCUGAGCCAUUGACGGUCUCUAUACUGCAGCUGGUUGUUGUAGGUCCUUCGCUGAUCCUUCACCCGUGAUGUUACCGGAGGAUCUUACCAAGGUGCCACAUUACUGCAACAGUGGGUUCUACUCCUUGACAAACCUCAUCGAUAGCAAAUUUGGCAUUCUUCCCCAUAACUUUGAUAAGCCUUGUGAAGUAGAGAUAUUGGAGCAGAUGAAAAAGUGAGAUGCAUGCGGGUAAAACCUUGACGUCCAGCGGUUUGUAGUAUGCAGUGUCCUCGAUGACGCAAUCAGGGGAAAUCAGCUUGUUGAGCCGCGUGAUAUCCUUGUCAUUGAGGGAGGAGUAGAACUCCUGAAUCACAUCUGUCAGGGGUGAAGAUGGUAAGGCAUUACCUCCACGGUAAGCACCGGUUGCAUUCGGGCCUGGUAUGGCUCGUAUGGGCUUUGCUGAACAUUGUUGCCUCUUCCUCCACUUGAUGCUGAUAUGCUGGUGGCGGGACUGCGGGCGCUGUUUUAGGAUGAAAUAAGAGGGAGAGUGGAAGGAGAUAUGUGUGAGGGCAGAAUUCAUGGUGUUUGGGUGUUUGCAUGCAGAAAGAGGUGAAGGCAUAGUGGAAUGAGGUAUGAUAUAGAGUUGGUGGGCAUUUCUAGUUGCUUGCUGGUUAGAGAAUGAAUCUGAGUCUACAUAUAGGGGAAGAAGCUUCCUGGCAUCAAAUGGAAUUUGCGUGGUGCACUGUUAAAGCAUAAACAUUUGUUUGUUACCAUAUCAAGUAAGGAAUUACUUCCACUAAAAUAUAUAGAGCCAGGCAAGGUAAGAAUCAUGCCAAUUUGUGAAAAGGUAUUGCUUUGUUCCUUGGUUUUCCUUUUGCUAUGCUUUACAUUGAGUUUCCCUGAAGAAGGAGAAGCCUGCUAAGACUGCCUUCUUGGAGGGUGGCUUGUGCUUGCUCGACUUCCCAACUGCUUUCUUCACGGCAGCAGCAAGAGGAGCAGCAGCGCAGCUUCAGGAAGAGGAGCAAGUGGGAACCUCAUUCUUGGUGGUCCUCGUAUCCUCCAGUGUGCCGGGCACCACCCAUGGCUCAUCUUCUUUGAAUACUCUCCACAUGGAAGCCAGCUUACUUGGUUGUGCCAUAGGAGCAAGAAUAGGAUGAAAUAAACCAGCAUCACAGGGUAUCUUUGAGAAUUGUUAUUCUUCUGAAAAUGUGGGAUUUCCUGUGGUAUUGCCUCCUUACAUGAACUCCUUGCAUAUGCUAUACAAAAUGAGGAUUCCCGUAACCAAUCCACCCACCACAAAUCUGAAAAGACGCGCGGCAACGGAAUGAAGUAUGUCCUGCAGGGAUUGGAAUAUUUCAUGAAAGGCAACUAGCUAGAGGUAGUCAGACUAAGAAACAUAGUUGGAUGCAGCAGCAGAAUUAUUUAUGCCUACCAAUGCCCGGUUUCCUUGUUUCACAGGUGUAGAAACUAAGGCCUUCGGUAAACGGGAUGAUCUUGCCCUUCCACUCUGCAACAAGGAUCUUACCAAGGUGCCACAUUACUACAGCAACAGUGGGUUCUACUCCUUGACAAACCUCAUCGAUAGCAAAUUUGGCAUUCUCCCCCAUGGAUCCCAUGAGCCUUGCGAAAGAUAUUUGAGCAGAUGAGAUGAGAGAAUAACCUUGAAGUUGAGUGGUUUGUAAUAGGAAGCGUGGUCGACGGUGCAAUCAGGGUCAAUGAGCUCCAUGAGCCGUGCUAUGUCCUUGUCAUUGAGGGAGGAGUAGAACUCAUGAAUCACAUCUGUCAAGGCAUUAUCUCCAUCUCCAUGGAAAGCUUUGUUGAGGCCCCUGGUUGCUUUUGGCCCUGGUAUUGAUCGUAUGGGCUUUGGUGAGCAUUGUUGUCUCUUCUCCCACUUGGCACUUAUCUGCUGUCGUCGGGACGGCGGGUGUUGUUUUAGGUUGAGGGAGGGAGACUGGAAGGAGACAAGUGUGAGGGCAGAAUUCAUGGUGUUUGAUGAAUGCAGAAAGAUGGCCAAGGCAUAGGGGGAUGAGGUGUGAUAUAGCAGCGUUGGUGGGCAUUUUUCGGUUGCUUGGUGGUCAGACAAGGAAUCCGAGUGAGUACAUUUGAGAUGGAAUAAUUAGCGUGGUGCAUUGCUAAAGCAUAAAGAUUCGUUACGACAUGAUGAAGUAAGGAAUAUCUUCCUAGCUACAUAAUAAUGUACAGAGCCAGGUCAGGCAAUAAUCAUGCCAGUCAGUAAAAGGGUAUUUGCUUUCUUCCUUGGGUUUUUUACAUUGAGGUCCUGAGACUACAGAAGAGAAGAGAAGAGAAGAGAAGAGAAGAGAAGAGCAGAGCAGAGUUUGGUUGUGUUGUGUGUCACUUGCGGAAGAAGCCUAAGACUGCCUUCUUGGAUGGCGGCUUGUACGCCUUGGUGGACUUGCCGAUAGCUUUCUUGGCGGCCGCAGAAAGAGGAGGGGCAGCACCAGCAGCAGGAGCAGAAAGAGGAGGGUCUUGCUCCCUGCCCUCAUUCUCAGCUGUCUCCUCCAAUUCGCUCGGCGCUGCCCAUGGCUCAUCCGCGUCUUCUUCUGAGAACACUCUCCGCAUCGUCUGCAGCUUAUUUGGCGGCGCCGGAGGAGGUAACUGGGCAAAUGCUGCCUUCUCCGUCUUUGACGGGCUAUAGUCGUAUGCAGGAUCUGUCUCAAGCUGUUUGGUUUUGCCCGCCGCCGCCGCUGCCACUUGUUUCGUGAUGCUCUCCACCUCAAACGAAUCCCCCUCGUCGUCGUCUGAUAACGCCAGCUGCUGCUGCUGCUGCAUUUGCAUCUUCAUUUGCUGCUCUUGCUCAGCCGCCUGCUUCAUUCGCUGCUCCUGCUCAGCCAACUGCUGCUUCAUUCGCUGCUCCUGCUGCACCUUCAUCUUCAUCUGCUCCUCCUGCUGCUGCUCCUGCUGCAGCUUCAUUUUCAUUUGCUGCUCUUGCUCAGCCACCUCCUGCUGCUGCUGCUGCUGUGCCUGUACAUGCUGCCCUUUAUGGGCAUGGCCACCACCAGGCAGUGUCAUGUCAUCGUCGGAAGAGUCGCUGAUGAGCUCCACGUCCACCGCCGCCACCUCAUGAGACCUGCUGCUGUACUCAACGCCAGGCUUCACCUCCUCCGACAUUGCUGCUGCUGCUGCCAAAGCUUCUUCUUGUUCUGCUGCUGCCUCUUCUUCUUUGUUGGCGGAGGCGUAGGCAUAGGCAUAGGCAUAGGCAGUGGCACCCGCAGAGGAGGAAGACGUGGACGAGGAGCUGCUCUUGCGGCUGGCCUCGGGAACCGUCACCGGCUGGCCCUGCAUCUUCUCGGUGACGAAGUAGGGCCUGAAGCGGGAUGGCCGGAAGUCGCUCACGUACGGCGCACCCACGGUGAAGCUCUCAUGCCGUCGGAACAGCAUGGCGUUCUUCUGCGCCGCCGCCCCCGCCCCCGGGAUGGACGACGGCUGCGGUGGUGCUUGGAGACGGAGAUCGUCGUCCACAUCAUCGAAGAAGGGGUUGCGCGAGGGGCGUAGGCCGAGCAUGGAGGGUGCGGAGUCGGGGAAGUUGUCGUCCUCGUCGUAGGGCCCGUCGAGGUCGAAGGGGUUCCUCUUCCUGGUGGCGAUGCUGAGCUUGGACGGGUCGUCGAGCUCCAUGACGUGCUGGUGGUGGUGGUGGAGAGGUCGCUGGUGGCCGCGGGCGCGACGCCUGGACAUGAGCUUCUCGACGGUGGCGUUCAUCUCGAGCUCGAGCGAGCCGAUGUUCUCGAUGCUCUUGGCGUCAUCGGCCGUCCACGCGACCGCCCGCACCGCGUCCUUUUUCUCGGACCGCUGGUGGUUGUGCUGCUUUCCUUCGUGGUCAGAGUCGGUUGAUUCUGAUUCGGUGUUGGCGGCGGUGUCGGGGAAGGAGGCGUGCGAGGUGGCGGUGGACAUGGUGGGUGGGUGGUGGUCAUUUUCGUCGACGGAGGAGGAGGAGGAGUCGCUGGAUUCGUCGGAGGGUCGGUGGUGAUGUCUGGUGCUUGGUUGGCAUUGUGGUGGGCGGUGGCUGAUCUUGUUGUAGACAUGCGGGUCAUGAUCCUGGGGCACGCUGUGGAGGAGGACGAUGCCGAGGAGGAGGGCGGUGAGGACGAGGACCGGGGCGGCGGCGAGGACGAAGGCGAAGACGGGGUAGACGAAGGCGUAGGUGAAGGCGAGGAAGAGGAGGAAGCAGAGGAGGAGAGGGUGGCGGUGGAAGAAGGCCGGCACCCCCUCAAUCUCCUCCUCCUCGUCCAUGGCACCGGCACCACCGCAGGUCGACCGCCGGCGCACCCGAUGAGCUCACAACAUGAACACGGUGGAUCUGCAUGCAUGCAUCAUCAAGACAAUAACAGCAGAAGAAGAAUAAUCAGGAACGAAUGAAGCAAUCCUAGCGCGCUGAUGAUGCAUAAUCAGAAUGAAAUGAACAAGGAAGAGAUUACAGGAGAGGAGAGGAGAGGGAAUUAAGGAAUGCAUGUAAUUAAUUACCAGGAUCUUAAUUAAUCGGUAGAGAUUGUGGUUUGUUGA